AUGGCGUAUUAUAUGAUGCAACAGCAACAACCUGCUACUGUGAACCCAAAUGAAGUUCUCUUAAACCCGGGCCUCAGCUACGCAUCUCCAAGCUACGCCAGUUCUGCUUACCAAACUACUCCCUAUGCCGAGGCAGAAGCUUCCUCCUCAGCGGCCCAACCCUCUGCCCAAUACCACUGUUCCGGGUGUGACCGCUUCUUUCCAGGAAACCGAGACUUCAACAAGCACAUGAAGACUCAUGACAAACCGGUGAAAUGCAAAGCCGAUGCUGGUUGCAAAGUCACAAAGGCCGAACAGCGAGACAUGGACCGCCACUACCGAUCCUCGCACAGGGCCUACGCGGCCAGCAAGGGGAUCUUGACUGAAGACGCUAUGUGCGGCUUUCAGGGUUGCACGUCAAAAUUUACACGCAAAGACAAUCUACUCAAACACUGGAAGAAGUUCCAUGGGUAUGAGCAACCCGGGAACUGA